AUGCCCGAAAACGACGUUGCCGACUCGACAGACUGGCUUUCGACGUCAUUACCUGCGCUGGCGCGAGUCGAGGCAUCACUUCGCUGCCAAGUGUGCAAGGACUUCUACGAAACACCCAUGAUCACAACCUGCUCACACACGUUCUGCUCGCUGUGCAUCCGGAGAGCCUUGUCCAUCGAUAGCAAAUGUCCAGUGUGCCGUGCGGGAGAGCAGGAGGUCAAGCUCCGCAGCAACUGGUCCGUGGAGGAGGCGGUGGAAUCUUUUAAGACGGCGCGAUCUGCCAUACUGGAACUUGCGCAACGGAAACCUGACCCGCCACCUCGGUCGCCGAAGAGGAAAACGAGAGACGAGGAUGCAUCACAGCCAGAGCCUGCGCCCGAUGCGAAGAGGCUACGGUCGUCGGCGAGGUUGAGCCGAAACAAGCAGCCAGUGUCAUAUGCGGUGGCGCCAGAGGUUGAAGAAGAGGAGGUUGUACCAGCUAGCGACGCGGAAGAGGAUGAGUUUGUUCCUGAACCUGACGAUGGCUUGGUUGCCUGCCCCAUGUGCCAGAGACGGAUGAAGGAGUGGCAGGUUUUUGGGCAUAUAGAGUCAUGUACUGGACCUUCACCAAAGAGGCAAAGUACAAAUACAGAUAAACCGACGCAGCUGGGCGCCACAGAGCGGAUACACAACACAACCUACGAAAGGCUACCGGGUCUGAGUUACGGCUUAUUCAAGGAAAACGCCUUACGCAAGAAAUUGGGCGACCUAAAGAUACCCAACCACGGGCCCCGACAAAUUCUCGAGAAACGACAUCGGGAAUGGGUGACACUGUGGAACGCCAACUGCGAUGCGGCACGACCAAAGAAUCGUACGCAGCUAUUACAGGAUCUUGAUACGUGGGAGAAGACGCAGGGAAGUCGUGCACCAACCACAGGCCGAGCAGCUCAAAACGCUGCCAUGAUAAAAGAUAAAGAUUUUGACGGUGCCGCCUGGGCGACUCGACACAACGGUUCGUUCCAGGAUCUAAUCGCAAACGCCAGGAAAUCAAGUAUGGAAGCAAAGCAGAAACCAAAGACGGAUGAGAGUCCUGAAGCCCCUCCUCCAAAGGACGGCAUACCUCAAGAAACUGGCGAAGCGGAGGGAUCCCCGGGCUGA